CCCAAUUCCAUCGCCAAAUAUUAUAAUAAGCAAGCUUCUAGCCAAAGAACAGCCGAAGAUCGACCCCUUUCGUGUACAAUUUUCGAAGAGAGCUUUCAAAUCCGUGAAGGCGGUCCAUCAGACUGCGAUAAAACCUGUGACCAACAGCUUGAAGAAUGGUAAGUGCGGAUAAUGUUAGUCCGGAUUCUAGUUCAGCUUCGAAAGAUGAUUUGCUUGGAGAGGCAUGCAAAAAGUAUGACGAGGCCACUCACCUUUGCCCUACACUUCAUGAUUUUCGUGCAGCAAUACAGUUGCAAUUUGAUUUCCAUAGGGCAAUUUACAACCUGGGAACUGUUCUGUAUGGAUUAGCAGAGGACACUUCAAGAACUGGGGGAUCAGUCAAUGUAAAAGAAGUUUCAUCUAAUGAAUUAUUCAGCCAAUCUGCAAUUUACAUUGCUGCUGCUCAUGCAUUGAAACCGACUUACUCAGUAAGUGCCUCGUGUUGUUUCAAACAGUUCCUUAUUAAACUUCUUAUGGACCUAGAUUGAAUUUUUGGUCUAGAU